CUCAGUUUGUACCCAGCGUUGAAAAUGAGAGUCCCCAAAAAGAUUUCAAAUCAUCUAUUUCCUUAGAAGAUCUCCGAGAAAACGGUCUAGUGCAGCAUCGUUCAAGGAUGAAAAAUUAUCUGGUUUUGUCAAUGAGAGUACAUCCUUUACUUGUCUUCGACAUAAAAAUGACGAUGAGCCGGCGGUCAGCACGACUGAGUCAGACUGCAACAACGAAAAAAAUAGUUCAAUCAUUGAGAAAAUCGAUGAGAUGCUCCUCGACAUAUCCCAAUGUCCUUCACUAUCCCUUUACCUUCUCCUGUAAAGUUUUGUGAUGAAAGUUUAUGUGCUGAUGAGGAUAAUUCCAUUAAUAUCAAUGAUGAUGAGCAAGCUGAUCAGAAUGUUAUUGAUGAAACCAUGGAUAUUAAUCAUCUUGAUGAUAAAGAUUUUUACUCUGUUAAUGAAAGUAAAGAUCAUCAAACAGCUUUGGUUGAUUUUUGUAGUAACAUAUUGUCACAUAGUUUUGAUCAAAGCGACAAAAAAGAUGUCAAUGGUAUUAGUCAUUGUGACAAAGAGAAGGUCAAUAUUAUUGAUCAUAGCAACAAAGAGAUCAAUUGUAUUGGUCCUUGCAACAAAGAAGAGGUCAAUAGUUCUGUUCAUAGCGACAAAUUUAAGGUCAAUGGUGUUGAUCAUAGCGACAGCAAAGAGGUCAAUAGUAUUGAUCAAGACAAUAAAUACGAGAUCAACAGAAUUGAUCAUUGUGACACAAAAGAGUAUAUUUGUAUUGGUCACAGCAACAAGGAAGUGACCAUUGAAAAUCUAAAUGAAUGCAAAGGAAAUAAAAGGCAACUCGACUUCUCUAGUGCAUCCGAAUCAAGUGGUACUUUCAUGAUUUUAAGGUCCCGAAAGAAGCGUAGAGUAAAUGAGCAAGUACCGUCAAUGUUGCAAACCGAAACAAUGUCGGCAAAAUUAGCCACAAAGAACGAGAGCUUGAAUGAAGAGUUAGGAAAUGAUCCCCCGAUAACUAGACGCAGAAGUCGUGAGAUGGGGAUUAAAAUAAAUGAAUUGAAGCCCAGAGGGCAUUGCAGAAAGCACCAACUUUCUAUUAAAAACAAAGAUGAUGAACAAUCCAGUACUGUGUUGGAUCAGAUUUCCAACAAUGCACAAUUUCCUAAAAGUGCUGCUCAUGUUCAUGACGGAGAGGAGAAUAUUUCCCAACCUGUUGAAGAAAUCAGGCAGUGUUUGGCCACGGAAACUGUCUCUUCUAAAGGAGUAACAAAACAAUUUAGUGAUAGUUACGAUCAAGAUAAUUUUUGUCAAGAUGCAAUACAUUGUAUUGAUGACAAUGAUAUCAAAAAAACGGAUAAAGCUCAUUCAUCAUUGCAACCAUCAAAUGAUGAAGUUGAAGAGUAUUCCAAAAAUUUGGUUAAUCUGCAAGUUUCUAGUCUUGAUAUAGAUCAAGAUAAUUAUGAGAAUUGUGUUGAUAAACUACAAUCUAGUUAUCAUCAACUUAAAGAAGAAUCCGAGAAUCAUUCGAAUGAGCAAGAAUGUUGUGAAAAUGAAGAUGAAGAACAAUCCAAGAAUCUGUCUCAUAUGCAACAAUCUUGUUAUGAUCAAGAUCAAGAAAAAUUCCAUGAUCAGUCUGUUCAAUUGCGAUGUGUUAAUGAUCGAGAUCAAAAACAAUCUCAAGAUCGAUUGGAUCAACAACAAUCCAUUAAACAUCAAGGUGUAGAACAAUCCCUGAAUCAGUCAAAUCAACAACAAUUUAUUAACGAUCAAAGUCACGAACAAUCCCAGGAUCAAUUGGAUCAGCAAAAAUCUGUUAGUUAUCAAGAUGAAGAACACUCUCGUGAUCUGUCAGAUCAACAACAAUUCAUUCUUGAUGAAGGUCAAGAAAAAUCCAAGGAUCUGUUGGAUCAGCAACCAUCGUGUUAUGAUCAAGGUCAAGAACAAUGCAUUAAUGAACGAGAUCAAAAACAAUCCAUGGAUUUCUUGGAUCAUCAACCAUUUAUCAAUGAUCAAGGUGAAGAACAAUCCAACAAUCAGCUGGAUCAACAGCAAUCAUGUUAUGAUCAUGGUCAAGAACAACUCAUGGAUCAGCCAGAUGAGCAUCACUUUAGUAAUAAUAAAGAUAAAGGACAAUCCGAUAAUCUGUUGGAUCUACAACAGGAUCAAGAAAAGUCUGAAAAUACAUUAGAUAAACAACACUACAGUCAUGGAAAGUUUUUUGGCAAGAAGGUUCCAUCGACAAAUUUUUGUAACAUGGUGCAACUUGACGAAAAUAAGACAACUUCUGGUCACGUUGAGAUUGUAGACCAAUCAUCAGAAAAUCGAGAUCUGGAUAUUUUUAUGCAAUCAAGUAAUAAUGGCGUUGAGAAGAUUUGUAGGACAAUCAAUUCAACAAACAGAGAGAGGACAGAAACGACGGAUGACAAGUCAAAAUACAGUUACAGGAAAUGUGGUGUUACUGUUUGUUUGGACGAAAAAAAUUCAGAGACGUUGCAUCUUCCCGAAGAAACUGUGAAAAAUAUGUCACAAGAUCAGGUUAGAAGUGUCAUUUGCAAAAAUGUCAAAACACCCACAUCCAAAAACAUCCAUAAAUCUUCACUUACUCCAACUGCCGUAUCAAAGAUGUUGAAUACAAACAAAGGAAGAUGCAAAUUUGAGCUAAUGACGUCUGCUAAUGAAACGAGUAAUUUGCCUUGUUCAACUGACAAAAGUCAGGUUGCAACGACAAGCUGUAAAAACUCUUUGAUUCCGAACGAAAAAAAGCAUCUUUCUGUUUCGUUUGAAGAAAGGUUGCUCGAAGAACUUUCACCUAUUCCUACUGCACCAGAAAAAAUAAGACCAGUUGAUAGUCCGGAAACAAUAAGAAGACCAUUUGAUACUAUUCGAAAAACAAGAAGAUCAAUUGAUACUCCAGAAAAAAUAAAAUCAGUUGAUGAUUGCAACUUUGAUGCACUUGACUAUCCACCACUAUCUCCCAUUCCUUCAUCACCAACCAAAACAGAGCAGUUAGCGGCUUCAGCUCAUAUAAAGAUGAAAAACAGUGUUUGUGGUUUCGCUAAAGACUUGCCUGAAGUUAACAAAAACAAACGACGAGCCCUGAUGAGUUUUCUGUAAGAAACCAAAUGCAAGUUUUACCUGUUCAUAAAUUGAUAAAAGGUACCAAACAUUGUAUGAAAACCUACCCUGUUCCAGAAAUGUCUGUGUCUUCUGGUUCCAAUCGAGAAGAAAGUUUUAAAAUUUUUACCAAAAAACAUGUUAAUGCUAAAACAAUACUUAAAAGUAAUGCCACUAUGUUACCUGAAAGCACUUU